AUGAGACCUUCGAGAUUUCUUCGGCUGGGAGCUCUGUUCCUGUUCCAACUGGUAUCCGUCCUAGGAAACUCGACGCUCUUAGCAAACUGGACGGACUGUUCGGAGAUUCUUCUUCCUGCUGCUAACACAAUAGGGGGAUGCCAACGUUCGGAUUGCAGGGUCUCUUACGGACAUUCCACCGCGAACCCCGACUGCGGUUGUGACGCAUGGACAGGGUUUCAGCUCUCGGCCUUCAAUCCUGAGAUUCCGCAGAGCACAGAGAAAACGCUGCGAGGAGAGCCUUUCAAUGGAUCUUUCUCGAAUCCCGAAGCAAGCUACAUCGGCAUCCACCUUCCGGGGCAAGAGGUCAUCCUUACCAUGAUUUCUCUUGUGCCCCGAGCGCAGGGUAGCGACUGGAUCCCGCGUCCCCAUCCCUACAACAAUCAGAGCUAUUCCCUUGAUUGGGCAGCUGCGCUGAUAGGAGCGAAGGUACAAGCAUCGGCUGACGGAGCCUCGUGGCUGGACCUGUACGAGAUCUCGUCCAAGCCUUCUCCUCACCCGGCUGUUACCAACAUCUCCAUCGACCGCAUGCUUCCGAAUGCCUGCCAUGGAUACUCAUUCUUUCGGCUGUACCAGCCCAACACCAUUCAGCGCAUCUACUUUGUCAACACUGAGUUCGGUCCUGUUCAAGUGAACGAGACCAUCGGAGUUGUCAGUGUCAACCAGCUGCACUUCUAUGGAGUACGUGCACCGCAAUCUAGCACCAAUGUUUCAUGCUUGCUCCAUGCCCCUCGUCUCUUCGCUCAGACCUAUCCUCCUCCUGGCUUCUUCCUCAACGAAAUCGAGGUCGUCCUACUAAGCUUGGUAGCAGCAUGCAACUCCAGCUUCUGGUACACCGUGGACGACAGCACCCCUAGGAUUGGAUGGUACGGGCAGCGGCAGGACGGAGGAGGGUCGAUUCUUCCGGACCGGAAGCUUGAGAUUGUCCCUGUUGUUCUGCCUGGGACGCUGGCGACGGUGAAUCUACAGGUGAUGCAGAUCAUUGUGAAGGAUGGGGUCGUCUACCAAGCACCAGUCCUCUCCUUCCCUUUCAAGAUCCCUCAGAUUGGGUUGCUGUCCGUCUGCCCAGCUGGAAGCCAGCUCUUUCCCGGCUUCACCUGGUGCUACCGAGCCCACACCUUGUCUGACGCAAAGUCCUUCUGGGAUGCGGAGAGGAGCUGCCAGAGUGAGGGAGGGCACCUUGCGAGCGUCUCCUCGCAGGCAGAGAACGACUUUAUCACCAGCAUCGUCCGAGAGGCGAACGGGCUCACCGACCCCUCUGCUCUCCUAUCAGGCAGCAAGAGCAUGGUGUGGAUAGGACUGUAUAAGGACGCAAACAGCUCCGGGCUGAGGUGGACGGAUUACUCCAAGGUCAAGUACAUGAACUGGAUCGACUCGAUGCCUCUGCAUCCCAACAAGACUUGCUCGCUCUUCGGGGCGGGAGACUGGUGGCAGUCGGAGUGCAAAGAGCAGGUAGGGAGGAACUGUGCCGGCAGGAAGUGGGGUCCGUGGGAGGGGAGAUGGGGAGACGUUGUCGGGUUGGGAUACAACGAUGAGCCGGAGUAUUGCUAUCAUCAAGACACGGCGAGCAUGGUCCCAACGAAAUAUCCAUGCUACCAGCCUUCGUGGGUUGGAACUGCAUCAGAUGAUCCUUGUCGGCAACCUUUCGGGUACGUUUGCAAGUUCACGGGCCAGAUCGUCUGUGCUCCUGGCUACUACAACGAGUCCGGAACACUUCCAUGCUCUCCAUGCGCAGCUGGUGAAUAUUCGUCAGAGUACAACGCAACUGCGUGCGCUUCCUGCCUUCCCGGUGAGAAGUCAAAAAAGAGUGAGGAAAGGUUCAGAGGAGCUCAGAGCAUGAAGUGUAUGGAGAUGAUGAGGAUGAUGAUCAAUAUGGAGAUGAUGAUGAUGAUGAUGAUGAUGAUGAUGAUGAUAGUGGAGACGAUCCACUUGAUGAUAGAAUACAUGAUAAUGAAUUGUGGUGGUGGUGAUGUGAAACAUGCAAACAUUUAUGACGAUAACUGCUGCUUCUGCAACAUCGAGGGUGUGCUAGUGAGUGAUCAAGAUGCUUUUCCCGGCACAUGUCCAACAUGUCGGGUGAAGGAAGUGUUCAACUUGACAUCCAGCAAUCAGACCAACCGCAGUAUAGACAGCGAUUGUCAGAAUACUUCGAACCUUGCACUGAUACAAGAGUACGAGUCUGUCAUGGUUGUCAGCGAUGCCAACCAGACCGUCAAGAUGCACAUCUCAGAGAAGAUCUACAAACAGCUCUGCUGUGCUUUCGACCUCUUGUCUGCAUUCCCGUCGAGCGUGUACAACGGGACUGUGAAGUUCCUGCCCGGGUACUUUGUGGUGAAGGAGACAACCAACGUCAGCAGAAGCGUCGCCAUGUCUUGCGAAAACUGCACGAGCAACGGGGCCGCUUGGCACUUGUCAGACGUCUAUGCCAUCACUACUUGUUUGCACUCCGGGAGCAACAUGUGA